AUGGUGAAGCCUCAGUCCCAGAAGCAGGGGGCGGUCCAUGCCCCUGAGGGCGGGUGGGGUUGGGUGGUGGUGGGGGCGCUGUUCGUGGUGUCGGCGCUGGUGUUCGGCCUCAUCCGCAGCCUGGGCGUGUUCUUCGUGGAGUUCGUGCAGUACUUCGACGAGAGCGCCCAGGCCGUCUCCUGGAUCACCUCCAUCGGAGUGGCCAUGCAGCAGCUGUUCAGUCCUGUUGGCACAGCGCUGAGUAACAUGUAUGGGCCGCGUCCUGUAGUGAUGAUCGGAGGGUUCUUGUCAGGAUUAGGCUUCAUUCUGGCCUCCCAAGCUACCUCACUCACACACCUGUACCUUACCAUGGGCCUUAUCUCAGGUGCAGGCUGGGGCUUCGUGUUCACGCCCACCGUGGCGGCGGUGAUGCAGUACUUCACGCGGCGGCGCUCGCUGGCCAUGGCGCUGGGCUUCACGGGCGUGGGCCUCUCGUCCUUCGCCUUCUCGCCGCUCUUCCAGCUGCUGGUGGAGGUGUACGCCUGGCGCGGCGCCCUCCUCAUCCUCGGCGGACUCAGCCUCAACAUCGUGGCCUGCGGAGCCCUCGUGCGGCCCAUCACCGCCACCAAAGCGGUGGACAAGACGCUGAAGGGCUCGUCCUGCUCCACGCUGCUCGCCCGCAUCUCCAUCUACUUCGAGCUGCCGCUGCUGCUGCAGCGCCCCUUCCUCACCUACGGCCUGGCCAUCACCUUCUUCAACGCCGGCUACUUCGUGCCCUACGUGCACCUGGUGGCGCACAGCCGCCACGCCGGCUUCUCCGAGUACCAGUCGGCGUUCGUCAUCUCGGCCACCGGCGUGACGGACAUCGUGGGCCGCGUGCUCUCCGGCUGGCUCUCGGACCUGGGCCGCCUGCGGCUGCUGCACAUGCUGUGCCUGUGGACGCUGCUGCUGGGCCUGUUCCUGCUGGCGCUGCCGCUCGGCACGCUGGGCGGCUACGCGGGCCUGGUGGCGGCCAGCCUGGCGCAGGGCAUGUGCGCCGGCGCCAUGACGCCGCUGAUCUUCGCCGUGGUGCCCGAGAUCGUGGGCAUGGAGCGCAUGCUGGGCGCGCUCGGGCUGCUGCAGCUCAUCGAGAGCGUCGGCGGGCUGCUGGGCGCCCCGUUGUCGGGCUGGUUGAAGGACAAGACCGGCACCUACUCGGCCUCCUUCGCUGUGGCGGGGUGCUUCCUCCUGCUCGGCUCCGCCGUGACCGCCACCCUCCCCGGCUUCUGCUCCUGUACGUCCUCCAAGUCCCCCGACGACCACUCCGCCGAGGAGGCGGCUCUCCCGUCGAAAGAGCUCAACCACGAGUCCUGUCCAGACAAGCAGAGCCUCUCGCUCAUCCCGCUCUCCGAAAAACCGGCACCGACUCCUGACCACUGUGCCGAGACCAGCGAGGACCAAUAGCACAGAGGAGCUAGGAGAUCAUGCACCUAUACUGCGGAUAGGUGGGACAGAGACUGAUUGCAGAUCAGCUGACUGGACUAACAGUGAUAGGGGUAGCUUGGGCUAGUGCUUUCCUUAGAGACGGAGAUAUCAAACAAAAGGGUGAAGGCCACAUACAUGAGACACUGGGCGCCUCUCAACAUCUCUCCUCGAUCCUCGAUGCUCGAUCCUCGAGGGGUGUUCCCACUGAUCUAUAACUAACACUGGAUAGACUAUCCCAUUGUUGCCGCCCCAUCAUUCUUUAUGUAUAUCAGUGAGGACGAGGAUCGAGGAAGGAAGGGAGGGUGUAUAAAAGACCAAAUGAGAGGCACCCAUAGUGUGUGUGUGCCUUUGGCUGGUAAGGGGUUUAUGAGGAGUGUCUUUUUCACUGUCACUGUUUUUGGCAUCUGCUGAUCGUGAUCAUCCUGGCCUGCGCUGAGCUGGGUCCAGCCUUAACGUGAGGUGCCACACGACACUGCUGCAUUGCAUUAGAGGUCUGCACGGGACAGAUGCUUCAGCCCCGCUCCCGCAACAUACUGUCCUGCUCCCGCAAUAUUCUGCCCCCCCCCCCAUCCAUACCUCCCCACCCUCGCAAUAAUGUGCCAUUUUUAGUUCCGCUUUCCGCCCGCAGGAUACGCAGGAGGGAUAUUCAGUUUGGUCUCCUGUCUCACAAAAGGGCCACUGCACAUCACACACAACUGAAAAAGACAGCCAGUCUAAAAUGUCUUGAUUGAGAAUUUAUAGGCUACUGUAACACAGCUAUGCUAGCUGAUAUUCAUUUUUUAGAUGGAAGCGGUGUCCUCUUGCAGGAGGGCAGUGAGUCAUCUGUGUCUUCCGCAUCGGCAAACGCACCUCUCUUAUCCUGGCCGCUCCCGCGUAGAGCUUUCGAAACAUGUCCCGCGCCUCACUCUUUUGCAUCACGAGCCACACAGGUACUGUAGCCUACCGUGGGAUUCCCGUGGUAGUGCAGAUAUCUACAUUGCACAUCACUGCUACACUGCUCUGAAGAGGGCAUUUUUUAAAUGACAAAGUUCUUUACGUCAGAGACACAAAGACUACCUUUUUGAAAGACAAUCGUGAACCUCUAUUUCUGUAUAUCAACACUUAGUAAAAUGCUAAUCUUUGUAGUGUAUAUAUUUUUUAAUUUACUGUGGCCUUUAUAUCAACUAUAUAGCACUAUAUAGCAGUUAGGCUUCUGGAGGUUUGAUUAUCCUGUAGCAACACUGUAGGCCUACUACACCAGACAUUCUGGACAGACUCAUGUCUAGAAAAACAGAAAGGAAAAACACAACAACUAAGAGCUGGUAUAUAAAAUCUUACAGCACAGGACCAGUUUCCCUCUACUGUACUUGGCCGAAAGUGGUAAAGUCUGGAAAAAAACCCCAGCUAGAAACCAGCUGGUUUUAGCUUGUUUUUGCUGGUCUUUGCUGGUGUAUCUGGUUGGGCCACCAGGUAGACAUGCUGGCAUGACCAACUGAGGAAGCUGGUCAUGCUGGUGUGACCAGCUUGUCAUGUGGGAUACAGCUGGUGUAAGAUGGUCAUGCUGGUGUGACCAGCAUGUCAUGUGGGAUACAGCUGGUGUAAGAUGGUCAUGCUGGUCACUGCCUGCCAAGCUUGACAUUGUGUUGGUGUAAGAUUGUCAUGCUGAUUUGCUAGAAUGACCAACAUACGAUGGCAUGGCCAGUUAAACCAGCAAUGUAGACACCAGCAAUACCAACUAAAACGACCAGCUUGAGGUAAUACAACAAGCAAAACCAGUUGAAUCACCAUUGUAAACUGGGCGAACCAGCUCAAGGUGUGAUUUUCACAAGAGAUUCGCUGGUCUAGUAGGGAUAAGUCUGUCAUCUGGCAGCAGUCAAACCCUGUAAAGAUUAAGUAAGUUGAUAUGGUCAUGUGGUUGCGUCCAUACGGACUCAGGCAGACGUGUAUAUAGGGGAAGGUCAGCAUGGCAUUCCCAUGGUUAUUCUGGUUGGAGUGAGAAAUAGCUUGCCCUGCAUGCAAGGCGUCCUCAGCCCACACCGAAAGAAAGCUUCCCUCCAGAGACAAGUUGUAUACAACACAGUUGUAACAAAGGAAACAUAAGUCCUUAUGUUAUGUCAUGGGUUUAUGCCAGAGAUGCAUGCGUUACGGUAGCUAGAUGUUUCAUGAGGGCGCCAGUUAUAUAAGCACUUAAUAUAUAUGAUCCGGCGUCAAAUUUGUAAAGUAAAAUAGGCUUUUGUAACCUUCGAUGUUUUCGUAUGCUUUUAUAUCCUCUAAUAUGUCGCUUUUGGCAUGUAUACUAUGACAAUCACAGAAAUAAUUUUUUUCUUAAUUCUGUGGCUUUGACUUCCUCCUCUGCCAGUUAGAGUAAGAGGAUGUUUUUGUAACGCGAUAAGUAGCAUCUGUACAAUUUUAACAGUUUUUUGUCCUUUCCUACCAAAUCUAGGUGUGCAAAAGAGGCAAGCAUGUGUAUAGUCAUUCAGUGCAACACACACACACACAACUCAAUACACACAGUGCCUUAUUGCAUUAUUAUCCUAGCUUUGUGAGAAUCACUGAUGCAUCUUUGUGCAUCUCAAGAGAUCUUCUGGGUCACUCUGAAGCCUAGCACCCAAACAAGUCAGCGUGGGUCGGUCCUUAGCACAGGCAGAUGUGUUUUUAUUUGAUUAAAGAUGCUCUAAGUGACAUCAACAUCAUUUCUGUUGACGUUCUAACAAAGAGAGUGCUAGCUCUCUACUUCUUCCCCUCCCUCCCAUUUGAAACUUUUCUAAACAUGCAUCUCGUCGCUGGAACACUGUUAUGUUUUUGCUGCCAUUUGUGGAACCUGGGCUAGGUCUACAGAGACCGCGUUUUUUACAGUGUGUUCAGGGGACAGGCAGCUAUUAGAUAAUGAGGAGAUGUUUGCUGUAUGUGACAAAAAAAUGAUUUAGCCUAAAAAAAAGCUUUGUGUGCAUGUUGUUUACUGAUGAUGUACUCUUUUAAUCAGUUCUGCUCUGCUGCCUUUGAGAGCUCUUUAAACAGACCACUGUGCUGAACAACUGCAUAAGACCUGUUUUUUUUACUAUCAUGAUACAUUGUGCUGCAAACAUGGAAACAUCAAGAAAGAGUGUCCAAGUGAUAGAGAAACAACUUGAGCUUUUCUCUUAAACUUACAAGAAACUAAGAGAAAAGCUUAAGAGAGUUUAAGAGAAAAGCUAAAGCUAUUUUCUAUCACUCUAGCUUUUCUCUUAAACUUACAAUAAGAUUAGUUUACAAUCAAUGAGUCUUGCAAACACCAGCAUCAGCUGGAACUGAGAAAUGCUUAAUAUGCUGCAAAAAAAAAGUCCUUCAGAAGUUGCAUUACGAAAAGCCUGGUAGUUAGGCAACUAGUUGGAAUGACAGGUAUAGUUAUUUCCCUUAUGUUUGUUAAAAAUUAAUUGUGUGCAAUCAGCAUUAAAACAGCCAAUAACUUAAUAAUGUCGAUUUAACAAUGGUUGCCUAACGAUGAGGUUUUUGUGGUAAUGUAGCCUUGUGUAAGCCUCCAUUUGGUCCGUGUUCCAAAGGUCAUGGAGCAGACUGGAAUUUGAAAAAUGCCUGGAAGUCUUGAACAUACAAAAUGACCUUUACUUUUUUUUUUUUGUCGGUGAAAUUGAAAAUCUACAGGUUCACGUUCACAGUAGCAGCUUCUACCUCUGUCAUAGAUUAUGCCAUUUCUGUUUUGGUUUACUCCUGAACUUGAGUUUUCUUACAUCAGGGCUACACCGAGCCACAACUGAAGUGCUCCAUUCGCAUAUAUAGCAUAAAAAUAGUUUUAGAAGACUCCACAUUGUUUCUGUUUUGUUAUCAUAUGCACCAUAUCUGCCAGUUCCAUUGACUAUAGAGGACUAUUAUAUUAUAUAAUGCAAUAGAAUAUAUUGACUAUUGCAGCUGACACAAGUUAAUGGAACACUUCAUGUGUGCCAGUGUUAACUCCCUGUUACUGUUUCAUGUUUACCAAAGCAGUUGUUGACAUGAGUACUGGAAUUAUAAUGGAAUAAAUUCAUU